AAUAUGUCAGAAGUUCAUUACCAAGCAAAGUUAACCACAAAAGAAUUCGGGAAGACAUAUGUGAUUGAUACAAGGUAUAAUUACCAUGACUCUUGGAAAAAACAACUCCUGGAAAUCACCCUCAUUACUCCAGAGCUUAAACCUAAAGAUUUUUCACUACUCUUAACAUACAAUGUCUUAGAGGGUCAAGGAUCAGUUGUUCUUAGUACUCCUUUUGGUCCUUUGGGAAUAGAGGGAACUUUGAAGCUCUCAGAAAAGAAUGUUGCCUUAUCACUGACAUCUCAUUUAAUAUAUUUAGGAGAAUACAAAUUAAUACUUGAUAUUCCCCUUAAGCUCUCCCAGAGUGGUGAGAUUUACUUUUCCCACCACCACACUGCUCUUAAUUUUGAUAUUCAAAUUAGAAUUGGAGAAUACUUUAAAAAUGGGAACAUCAGUUUUACCUUAGAUUCAGAGCCUAAUUCUUUUAAAAAAAAUUACAGUAUCAGUUAUGACUUUCAGAAUUCCUUCAAGAUAGAAGGUCAGUUUGAUGAUAAGAAAGUGAUGGCCAAAUUGUCACUGAAUGGACAGGAUAUCCCUGCUUUAUCAGGAGGUUUUGAAAUUGAGACAAAUUUCAAAGGUUAUGAAGCUUUCGAUGGAUCUUGGAACAUGGCAUUUAGAGAGCAGGUAUACAUAGCUCAAGUAAAUAUUGAGAUAAAGCAACAAGGAAAUAUAGCAAUUAAUGCUGCCAUUGACAUCCAGCCAGAAGGUGUUUCUUUACCAUGGGAUGGUGUCAAACUGACCAUACUUUUUGAAUCACCCUUCACCUUAACCCAUCAUCUACAAGCAGAGUAUGAUCCAAGUCCAUUUAGCAUGGCAGCAUAUUACCAGCAUGGGCUGGAUACAUUCCAAAUUCAGUGGAAUUCAGAUUUUGGAAAUGAAGUAGCAACAGUCAUGCUAAGUGGUAAUAUUCCUGUGCAAGGAAUUUCGUCUUUCAGUUUAAAUUUCAGAUGCGACUUCACCCAGUCUUACAGUGCUGGUUUUGUGGCAAAAAUUGAGGAUAUGACUUUUCAGUCACGCUUUGAAUUUUCUCUUAAUUGGAAAGAUGGAUCCAUAAUGGCAUCACUGACUUCCCCCUUUGUUAAGCCAAUUAAGUGUGUUUUAAAAUGGUCAUUUGGUGAGAGUACAAUAAGUCUUAGUGCAAUAUGUAAUGUUGGAGAGCACUCAGGUGAACUGAAAAUGAUUCUAGAAUAUAUCACAAGAUUUGCUCAUUUUAAUUUUCAAGCAAAAACAUUAUUUGAGGAAACAUCAAAAUUUAGUAUUGACUUUUUAUACGAUAUAUCAUAUAGUGAAAGCUGGAAAGCUGCCUUUAUUACAACUUUAAAUCAUCAUAUAUUGAACUUAAAAUCAAAUCUAAUGAUAAGUGAAGCAAAAUUUAUAUUCAAAUUUACCGGAUUUGUGGAUUUAUUUGGAAUAAAUGGUUCUGCUGAUGUAGAAUUUGGGAUAUUUGAGGGUAUAUAUAAAGGGAACAUAUCAGGAAAGAUUAUUGGAUAUGAAAAAUUCAGUAUGAGCUUUUUAUUAGAUUUAUACCAAUUCAAUUUUAAUAUGAGGUACAAAAUGAAGGACGUUUUAGUUGUCAGUGUCAACUAUUACCAAACUAACUUACAGCUUGACUGGAAUGACUUUUGGCAUUUCAACUUGUCUGCUCUUCAUAAAGCAGUAAGAAAUGGACAUCAUUUCGAUCUGUCCUUUAAUGGUUUUCACAUUGAGCCACUAAUGCUUCAAGCUAUGUACUCUCGCAAACGUGGUCAUCAGUUUGACAUUUCCUUAAACAGUCUUGAAUGGAAACCAAUAAAUGUGCAUGUAACUUAUUCUGGUUUUAACAAUAAUCAAAUCAAGGCUCAAGUUAUGAUCGGGAAGGAAACAUAUAGUUUGGUUGGCAAAGCAGAUAUAGAGAGAGACCAGUCUAGUUUUGAAAUGCGCUUAGAAUCCCCAUUUGAUUCUAAUAACCCUUUAAUUUUCAAAGCUAUGUAUAAUAUUAAGAAAUUCUUGCGAGGAAAGAUGAAUUCUGUAAUGAAUUUAGCUUAUGUCACUUUUGAGUGGGAGGAGCAAUUUCAUCUUAAUGUGACAGGGAUGAGGAAUGAAAAUGCAGCCAAGAUAAAUCUCACAAUAAUUACUCCAUUUACAUUCUUGCCAAAGCUGCUUCUUGGUUUUGAUGGUGAACUCUCCUUGAAGGAAGCUUAUGUUGACCUCCAGUGUACAGCCUUCAUGGAAUGGUCUGAACGUGUUUCUGCUUCUGGAUUUUUUAAGCUCAGGGAUGAGAAAGUUGACCUAAUAUGGGCAUUGACCACAUCUUAUAUAGGGCUUAAGAAUCUCACAAUAUCUUUCCAACUGAAGCCAGGCCACACUGAGGCUACUUUGUUACUGAACAAAGUUGUGUGGAUGGUUGCAUGUGAUUUUGAAUUUUCUCCAACUUAUUUAGUUGUUUUCUCUGUUAAAACCCCAGUUACUGGCUUUGAGAAGCUCUCAUUAACCAUGGGUGUAGAGACAGAGAACAGUCAGUUGAGUGCUCAGGCAGAGAUAACAUGGCCACAGGCUCAGACUCUUGGGGUAUAUAUUAAAUUUGAAAAGAUGAGCAUGGAAAUUAAUUUAUCAACUCCUUGGGAGUCACUUAAAGUUGGCCAAUUCCAGGCAUCACAAACAGAUGAGAAUGAGAACAUAACCUAUUCCAGUCACCUCCAGUGGAAUAAAAGGAAGAUAGUAACAUCAAUUAUUCUUUUACCAUCGGAAUUUCAAUUUGCAAGUAAAUACAUGGAGGAAAAUGCAGUAAUUGUCCUCUCCAGAUUUGAAAGUGCCUUUGAGGACAGAGGAUUUAAAGUUUUAUUUGAAAUUCAGACUCCUUUUGUCUUCUUAAAAAGAUUAGAGACUGUAUUCCAUCUUGAAAGUCAAAGUUUUUCAGCUAAAGUAGUAAUUAAUGAUAUGACAUGUCUUGUAGAGGCUAUGUAUUCUAUAAAUGGAGGUAAAUUUAAAGCAAGCAUACCCAUUUUAGGAGAUAUGAAAUGGCUGCUGGAAGUUAAAAAUAUGUGGAUGAAGAUGGAUACAGAAAUCACUUUAUCUAUUCCUCAAGGAGCUAUCCCAGUGAUUACUUCCUUCAGCUAUGAAGUGGAGCCUCAGGCUUAUUCAGUUCAUACAAUGCUUGAGAUUGUAUCGGAUAGAAAAUGGGUAUCUGUUAAUAUUGAAUAUAUGAAUACUUUGAUUUUGAAGGUUGCUGUUAUGGACACCCUGAUAGAAAUAAAUGUUAUGGGUUUAAAUGAUGGAGAAGCAUCUUUGAAUUUAAUGUUUGAAUCCCCAAAUUGGACUCUGAAUUUGUUUAAGUUUAAUGUCACUGCCAGGUUUCAUGACUAUUUGGAACUCAUUGAUGGCUCUUUGUCCAUAUCAGUAAAGGCACCAAAUAAAAAGUUGUUCCAUUAUAAAUUAAUCUUGGGAGCCAAUAUCACAAAUGACCAGUUAUUUGCAAACUUUGAAUUUCAAAGUGAUCAGAGUGUUGCUCCUUACAAAAUCACUUCUGUAAUCCCUUUAUUGAACAUAUUUUUUGAGGAAGUUAAUGUCGAGUUUCGUAUAACUCGGGGAAAAGAGGAGCUAUGUAAAAUAUUGUACAAGACAUUAUUCCCAACCUCAUUGUCAUCUAGUCGAUUAUUAGUGAUCGAAUCCUCUGAAUGGGCUGCACGUCUCCAAGUUGAUGUAGAUGAAAAUUCCUUUAGUGUUUCAGUUUCCUACCCAGAGUCAUCAGUAAAACACACUUUUCUUCUAAUUUGGUCUGAAGUUGUUAGCUUUGAGCAGUUCAUGAUUAAAGGUGAACUUGAUUCUCCUUACCUAAAAGAUGGCUCUGUAGAAUUUAAUUUUAACCUCUUAGUUAAAAAAAAUUUCCAUGGGAUAUUGACUUUUAUUCUUUCCUAUGGUACCAUAAAGGUUGAUACAAGUGUAGAGUUCCAGUAUAAUAGAAAAGAGAAUGAGAUUCAUACUAAAUUUCAGAUAACUUCUGAACUGAUUGGCAUAUUUUCCAUAGAUUUAAAAGCCCAAUGGGAAAGAAAUAUCACUGCAGCUAUCAGCCUAAAUAUUCUGGGUAAUGAACACAGCUUCAGAUUGCAUUUAGAUGUCAUCGAAUACAGCUUAGAAAUUAUUAGUCAAUCUUCUUUUCUGCCAUUUGAGGAAAUGCUUUUUACAGGAAAAAUCAACAGCAACUUCAACCUUUCAGAUAUGAAUUACGAAGGUAAAUUGAUUAUGGAGGAUAGGGAGAUUAAUAUUGUUGCCAAGCUAAAAAAUGAUAAUUUUCAUCACAUAAAUUCGUAUGUCAUAGUGAAACAGAACAAUGAACAGGUUUUCACAAUGUCUGGAAAGUUUUACAAUGAUAACAAUGUAUUUGAUAUUGAGUUUGAUAUGUAUAGUAUUAUUUCAGAGCUAAAUUACCAUUUAAAAUUUAGAUAUGAAGAUGGAGAUGAGAUGAGGUCUUUAUAUUGGAGACUUCGUGGUGCUUUGCUAGAGAAUGAGGAGCUACUUUUGAAAGUUAUCAAUAAUAAAGUGUGGAACAAUGCUCAGACUCUUAUCAUAAAAUGUUCCAUUUUGCUUGAUGUUGAUGUUGAUAUUAAUAGAGGAAUGUUUUACAUGAAGAUAGUAGGACCAUAUAAAUACAGUCUUGAGGUCAAGUUGAAUUUGCUUAAUGAAGACUUCCUCAAUAUUUCCUUCAUAAUGCCCUUUGAAUACUGUGAGCUUAUUAAACUUAAUAUCCAUUUGCCUACUGGCAGUUACAAAACAAUGCAACUGGUAUAUUCUUGGAGUGAUGUUGAUAUUAAAUUGUAUGCCUCAAUUGAAAACGAUGACAUUUUUGGCAAAGUUGUUACAUUUAUCUUAACAACCCCAUUUAAAGGCUUUGAAAAAUAUGCAUUGAGAACUCCAACAUUUAAGAGAAAUGGACAGCAUAUAUCUCUGCUGCUAGAAUUACCAAGUGGAAAAAUAGGGACUGAAGUAUAUUUGGAACACAAAAAUUUGUUGGAUGGUAACCUUAAAUUAAGGCUUUUUCUUCCCUUUGAAAGUUAUGAUGUAAUAUCUUUGCAAUAUAUUAUUUCACCUCAAAAAUAUUAUUACAUAUUAGAAGCUCGAGUUGGAAAAGUUGGCUUUCUGUUAUCAUUUAAAGAGACAGAGUUUGGCACUGGCAGAGGAAUAGAAGCUAUGUGCCAGCUCAAUGAGCACAGCAUCAAAGCAGUAGCAAGAGAUUUUUCUUAUUUGCCCAAUAUACUUAGAGCUUAUAUACAUAUUGAUCUUGAUCUGAAAGAGCUGACAGAAAGUCGUUCAUUCCACAUUGAAUAUCAGGAUAUGUUUAAAGAAAAGUUUUACUUUAUAGUGAGGCAUGAUCUUGAAGAGCUUUUCAAGGUAAAUUUAGCAUGGGGUUCAGAUAAAAUCUUUGCAGUUUCUUUACCAAAAGUGUAUCCAGGCUCUCUGAUUAUUAAUCUAGAAUCUACUCCACUGAUUAAUGACUUCCAUUUGGAGUUAAGUUUUCCCUCUUAUAAUAAUAAUAGUUCAUGGAAAACAUAUUGCAUUCAUGUACAUCAAGAAGCACUUGUGGCAGGCCACUAUAUCUUUUUGUCUGGUGAGGGCUUCAAUAAGCAGUUUCACAUUGAAGGAUCAUUAUCUCUAAAUUCUUUCCAUUUUAAUCAAAGUCUAAUAUUUGAAAUAAACAGGAAGAAAAUAGGUAGCAGAGUAGUGCUGUACAGGGAUCAGAGGCUCUUCAGCAUUGUACAUACAGGUGAUGUCUAUUUGAUAUUACCUUCUCAGAGUGUACACUAUAAGACUAAUGCUACUACUAGUUCUAGGGAGCUAGAGAUUGUAUCAAGCUUCACUUGGAAUGAAUAUGAUAAUGAAAUGCCACCAGUUACUUUUAAGCUUAAUUAUAAUGACAAUUCUUUAUACGGAAACAUGGAGCAUUACCUAAAAGCAGUUUUCAGUCACCCUGAUAUUAAGGAUAUCAUAUUCCAGGGUAAUAUUACACAGUCUCAUAAUUCACCAUUAUCUGGCUUAGCAGAGCUUUUAGAUGGGAAUUCUCCUGAAAAAAACAUUGUGAUGAUGCUUGUUGUACAGCCUGUCACAGAAAACAGAGAACACAACAUUUUGCUUAACAUUUCACAGCCUUUUUCAAAGUUUGCUUUUAGCAUGGAUGGCCAGGUUACUGAGUCAGUCUUCACUAGAGGAAAUUAUACACUCAAAUAUUGGAGCCUAAUUAAGGAAACAUGGGAAGACUUGACCAUCUUUACAGAUGUAAAUACAACUAAUAGUGGAUAUGAGUUUGCUGCUAACUUUCUCAUUUCUCAGGGUAAAUGGUGCUACAAAUACAGAGGGAAUAUUAAUUUGAGAGAUAAUUCAACUACAUUUAAUAUUCAAGGAAGUCGAUCAGAAUUUGCAGAGUUUUGGAAGUUUGGAACAGCAAUAACCAAAGAUGUGCCUGAGCUGCUUAUGUAUGUAAAUGUUGGGGAGCAAGAUCAAGAACCAUAUGAAAAAGGGAGAUUGAGAAUUGGUUUACAUAAUCCACUAGAAUUAGGAGCAGUAUUAGACCAUCAGAGAUUUAGUGAGUGGAGCCAAGAUGGUGCAUUUGGCUUGAAGUUAGUAACCCCAAACAUCCUCCAGUUCUUCCUUGAAUAUGAUCCCUCAUUGGAUUUCAAUGAUGACAGGUUUAUCACUAGGCUGACAUCACCUGCAUACAAAGUUCUGAAUGCUUGGCAGCAUGAUAUCACUUACAUUGGAUCUCUCUGUGAAGAGAGAAUAUUUUUGGAAGUUACCAAAAUUUUUGAAACAUUAGUUAAUAAAGAAGCUAUUCUAGAAAUAUGGGAAAGAGAAACUGGUAACUUUGAUUAUUUCAUCAAUGAAUUCAACACAGCCACAACUAACAUGAAUGAAGAUAUUGAUAAACUAUGGACCGAAGCCAUACAGCCAUCACUCCAUGCUGCAUGUAACUUAACUACUAGUUUAUAUGAGCAAUCUUUGGUGUUCUUAGAGAGUUUUGUGAAUGACCUCAUUCUUCAGCUCAGUCAGUUAAAAAUGAUAUUAAAGGAAAAGUGGAUACAUUUAGAAGAUAAGAUUUCUACACUAUUUACCUCUUCGGCUUUAUGGUGGAUGGAUAAAAUGCAAGAGGUAUGGCAACAGGUGGAGAGCCCAUUCUUAGCCAAGUACAGUCUCUUAUCUGCAGUGGAAAUAGAAUUUUCCCUGGAUGAUUGUGUCAAACGUUCGGAUGUCUCUGAAUGCUUCCAGCCUGAAGCAAGCCAACUCAGUAUUUCACCGGCAAGUAAAUUUUUAAAGGAUGUGUUAAUCACUGUAGUGGACAUGAUGAAGAGCAUGGUAGAAAACAUCCAAAACACAGUAGCACCAAACAUGUUGUCAGUGAGCCAGGCAUUAACCAGCUAUAGCCAAAAAAUAGAAGCUGUUUUGAGAGACGAGUGUUGGAAGCGCAUUGUGGACAAGCUGGAGGUGACAGCAACACUGAGAGAGGGUGCCAGCCAGGUAGUAUCAGUCGUACCAGACUUCCUGCAGAUGGAUAAAUAUUAUGAUCAUUUCAUAUACACAAAAGAUAUGGUUUUGGAUUGGAUUCAGAACAGCAGGAUUAUUUUUGAAGGUGGAAUAUCACAGCUGCAACAAGCAGUUCAUGAGAGUUGGCAGUCAGGGGCAUUACCACUAACCGAGGUUCUGAAUAAGAUACAAGAAGCAGUAAAGCAUUCGUCAACACAAAUUGAAACAGAAGGAAUAUUCCAGUUUGUGGAGAAGAAAAUAUCAGAAUUGAAGCCAAAGAUUAAAACAGCAACUGAAGAAACUUUUAAUAUUUUAAAGGAAAACCUAGAAGCCUUACAAUCACACUCAAAUGGUGACAUUUUCUUUGAUUAUAUCAAUGUUGCUGCUGGUAAUGUUUUUGACAGGAUGACGUCAACAUGGGAAAAGUGGAGUACAUCAGAACGUAAGAAUUUGGACACCCUUGAAAACUUCAUCUUCCUACUUGCUGACAAUAUUCAUGAGAUAUUGAUCAAUAAAAACUACUUCCUGGAUGAACUAUACGUGUUCGAUCCAAAAAUCUCGGGCAAGAUUAGAUACAACCAGUACCUACCAGUACCUUGGUCUAGCUUCUUGGAGGCUCCACAGUGGUAUUAUCUUACAAAUGCUUUCCAGGAUUCAUCUGUGGUUGAUGCACAUAGACUGUUAAUGACUGGAGUAGAUGAUGUGUCUAUUGGUUGGCAGGCACUCACUUUCUCUAAUGCUUUCAUCCCACCCUUCAUGGCCACAGCUACAAUAGCAGGUCAACAUGUAACUACCUUUGACAGUAAACACUAUGAGUUCCUUGGCUCAUGUUCAUACCUGCUAACUAAGGACUUUGUGACUGGUGAUUUUGAGGUGGUUGGUGUGUACAAGGCCAAAGAUGGUGCUUCAAGUUUGGAAUCCAUUGUUGUUCACGGCCAUCACAUAGAUGUCACGUUGCACGUAGAUGGCAGUGUCGAGACCAAUCAAGUUGGGGCAGAGGUUUAUAUGGAAGAUGGAUAUUCUGCACUGAAGAUGUCAGACUUACUUGUGACUUGCAGCAAAAUAUCACAAGGUUGUUCAAUCACAGUUACUGGGAAAUACUUCAACAGGUUGGCUGGCCUCCUAGGUAACUACAACUAUGAACCAUCUGAUGAUUCUCAUGGUCCCAGUGGAGAAAAAGCUUACAAUGUUGCUGAUCUGGCUAGGAUGUGGGCAGUUUCUCCAAAUCCUUGUUAUCAGGCAAACCAGGCAAGACAGCUGCAUGACAUAAGUGAUGCUGAAAAUUUGCCUAAGUGUUUUGACCUGUUUCUCAAAAGCAAUAGUCAACUAAGUGGCUGCUUCCAUGCAGUAGAUCCACGACCUUACUUCAUGCAUUGUGUGAAUGGGCAAAGUCACCCUGCAUUCACUGAUGAAGCCCUAAAUUCUCCAUGUAAUGCUGUGUCUUCUUAUAGGACUCAAUGUUGGACUCAAGGAAUUCACUUGCCGAAACUAGAGAUCUGUCUUCCUAAAACCAGAGCCAUGUGUAACAUCUCGGGUGAAAGUGUAGCAAGUGGUUGGUCGCACAUAUAUCAGAGAGAAACUCAGGGUUCUGCAGAUAUUGCUCUUAUAGUGGAGCAAUCCAGUUGCAUUAUGGAAAAAGAUGUCCGAAAAUUAUUUAAAUCUCUUACUGAUCAGCUGAAGAAGAAAAGAAUCAGUGAUGUGCGUUAUGCUGUGGUGAUCAUGAAUGAAGAUGCAGUAUCAUCAUCAGCUUUUAUGAAUGAGAGAGAAGUGACUGUGCAUCUUGGCACAGUUACUAACAAAAAGUUAAGCAUUGCUGAAGGGAAUUCAUCAACUGUCCAAUCAGCAGCUGCAAAACUUAAAUGGCGCCCAGGAGUGUCUCGCACAGUAAUUGAAAUAUCUUGCCAGCCGUGUAAUGAAGGUGAGACUAUUACAGAAGUCCUGAAGGCAAAUGAUAUAACGUAUCAUCUUAUUACCAAGCUCAAAAUCAUCAUGGCAGGACCCAGUGAUAAGAAAUCAAAAGAAAUGGCUCAGAAGGUGUAUGGUUUUGAUGAAAAACUUGUAUACAUGAUAGGAGAUUACAAAGACUUCAAAGGCAAUGAAGGAAUGAGAAUGGCCCUGCAGGAACCAAAUGGUGCAUGUGUUAUGGCUGCUCAAGCAUCAGGUGGAUCUGUUUUUAACAUAUACAAAUGGAAUUCUAAAAAAGCAGUGCAAGAAAAGAAGUUCCUAAGUGUGAUAAGUCAGCGUGUAACAUUAUCUGCCAAUGCUCCAGAGUGCCAAGAGUGCCACUGUAUUAAUGAAAAUACUGAGGCAAUGGUUGUGUGCCACAAAUGCUCUGCCAGUCUUGUAUUCUCUAUACCUACAGAGAAAAAAAUAGUAAAACAAAAUAACACCAUCAUUGCUGAUAUCAAGAAAAACUUUGAAGAAGAGUUUUGAAAUGGAAAUAGUGUACUGCCUUUGCACACCUUGAGACAAGAUGACAAAUGAGGCAUAGCAGAUGAUGCAAUGAAUAAUUUGUCAAGUAUGAAGAUUGUAGGUUAAAGCCUGAAAUAUGUUAGUAAAGCAUUUGCUUGAGUAAUGUUACUGUGUCAUUGAUAAUAAGUAUGUUUUAUUAAAAAAAGGAAUGUAAAUGUAAAAGCUAUGACUUUGUUUUGUUUGGAUUUGCAGUAAUUUAAUGUGAAAGUAAACCAUUUGACUUAUAUGUAGUGAAAGAAUAGGAAGUACUUCAAAGUAAAUUGUAUGAAACAUUUGUUGAAUAAGUAAUAAUAAGUUUGUUGAGUUAUGUGCACGUGGUGCACAAUCUUCUAUAUGUUAAAAUCAAUUAAGAGGAUGGGAACAGUACAAAUAUUGAGUAGAAAUGGUAGACUGUAUUGGAAAGAGAGUUUGUGUUAAUGAUGAAGAUGCCUUGUUUGAAAAUGUGUCUAAAUGAAACAGUCAUAUAUUGAAAGAUAGCCACAUAGUAUAGCGAGAUGUUCAUGCAAAGUACAUUAUAGAAAUGGAUGCUUUCGAUGCGGAAAAAAAUGUGAAUUGCAAGUUUGUGUAAUGGUUGAAAAUAUACUUGGUAAGUACUAUGUUAGGCAUGGAGUAGGAUGAUGAAUUGAACUAUUAAAUGUCGUUUGAGAGUGAUGCGAGUAGUAGUACUUGUAUCAAGUUAGGUGAUGAGCAUUUGUGUUUACCCCCUUAAAGGUGUUUGAAAUGGUGUUAUUAUUGUUGGAGUGAAUGAGUCAAAUCCUGCAUCAUCUAAGAAGGAAGCAAUACUAGGGUAUUCUUUUUUUUACAAGUAUAAUAGGAUACCAUUAAAUUAUAAGUAAGAGUUAAUUUCAGGUAAUACUAAAAGUUUUUCAUACCAAAUUAAAUGUUAAGAGAGUAGGGUACUAUACAGAAUGGGAAAAAAAGUGUAGUUCUUUCGUACUUUAACCCUUUGACUGUCGCAACCCCCAAUCCUGAGGUGUCUCCUGGUGUCGCAAAAUUUAAAAAAAAAAAAAAAUUAUUUUUUCUUAUGAAAUGAUAGAGAAUCUUUUCCCGAUUGUAAUGACACCAAAAAAAACGAAAUAUGAUGGAAAACUGAUGGAAUUAUGCUCUCGCGAAGUUAGCGACCUUGGCGCUGUUUACAAAUCGGCGAUUUCGCCCAGUUUGAGCCCUAUUUUCGGCUAAUUCCACUGUUCCAGUCGCCCAAACUCAGAGCUAUUUCUUUAGAACUCCAUUUUUUUCUAUCGACUGAGUAGAAGAAACUGCCCAUUUACCGAUUUCAACUACCUAAUAAUGUGGUCAGAAAUUUGCAAUUUGGCCAAUUUCACGAAAACUAAAAAAUAUGACAAUUUCAAAAUAAGGUCCAGAAUGAAUAAUGCAGACAUUCCUGGCUCUAAAAUAACAUUUUCUUUGCUCAUCAGUCAUGUCUCCAGGCCCCUCUGAUAUUACUCUUGCUUUCUAUUUUGAAUUUUUAUUCAAACAAAAAAUAGUAGACUUACUAUUAUGCAGACUACUGCAAUACUGUAAUAAUUGUAUAAAUAACAUCAACCCAUUCAUGACUGCAUAUUAGAAUGGCUAGUUGGACAUUUAUUGGACAAUGGCAUCAUUUGUUUACUUUUGAAGAUUGGCAAAAAUCAAACAUUUCCCUUACUUUGAGCUCCAUUUCUAGGUUCUUUUUAUAGUAAAAUCAAUCAAAAUCCCCUCUAUUUCUAUAAUAUGUUUUCCAUUCUAUCAAAUGAGACCAAGAAAACGAGAAUACAACCAUAAAUACUAUACGAAAAUAGACCACAAAGUUGGCAUUUUAAUUAAAAAAAACGGUCGGAGUUUUUUUUUUCUCAUUAUGCACUGCGUGCUCCAGGAUUUUUUUUAUAUGGUGCACACUGACCACACAGACCCAUUCUCUCACAUGUGGGCCUACCAGCUUUCUCCUGCUUGAUUUGAAGCCGCUAGAAUUUAUGAGUAUAUAUAUGUCAAACACGGUACCUCGUAAGACAUAUAUAUACGGCCGCGACAGUCAAAGGGUUAAAGAGAUGUGGUAUAAUGCUCGAGUGUUAUUUAUCCAGUAAAUGAGAAGAUACCAGUAUAUUAUGUAAAUAAAGAAAAGUGCAUAUUGUACUGGAAAGAAAAGUGCUAAUUUGUGAGGUUCUGUAAAUAGGAAAUACUGAGGUAGAGGGAAGCAUCAUCUUGGUCUCUUUUUCUGGGAAAAGUAGCACUGUAUGACCUGUAUGGGUUUAGCAUGUUCCAAGAUAAUAAUAAUUUUCUGGGAUGAGGGAGGAUAACCAUUUUAUAUGAAAAAUUGCCAUGUCAUUAUUGUUUAGAGUACAGGGAAAUUUUAAAGAUAAUAAAUGCACUGAACUGAAUAAAUCAAUAAAUUAUGAUGACUG